AUGGGCGCCGAAGGCGAAGGUGGAGUCCAGGGCUAUCCGCAGGCGCUUCCCCACCGCGAGGCCCGGCGCUUCGCGCGGCGCAGCACCGCCAAGUAUCUGCGGAGCAUCUCCGAGGACUGCGCCUUCGUGGCCCGCGCGCGAGCAACGCUGGCACCCCAGUGGCCGCUUUUGGCCAACCUUCGCGCUGGCGCCUGGUAUGCUUCUCCCGACUCAUUGGAGGGCACUUGCUACUUCAAGUCGAUGGACGGCCAUAGGAAUGAGUGGGACUUCAGCUUGAUCCGCUUGAACCUGAAUGUGGCGAGACUUGCGGCAGGCCUGGGAGUCGUGUUGGUUGACUGCACCGGCAAUCGAAGGAAGCGCUUUCCUGAUUCCAUGAGCAAGACAGUGCCGAUUUGGUGUGCCGUCUUGCAAGCGGUGGUCGAGAACGCGGAGGAGGGGUUCGAGGACCUCCUCCACUUGCCAAAGGACGCCCAAGAAGAGCGAUCGGCCAUCCUGGAGCGAAUGCCGGAGUGGGUUCGAAAGCUUAGGGAGGCCUUGCUGCCGGCCAAAGUGACAGCGCUCGCGGGGGCGCUGGGUGGUCGACGGCUGCGCGCCUGUUGGGCUUGUCCAACAGAUGAUCUGGAAGAGCUUACCGCGGAGCUGCGCAGCUUGGAGGACUACGCACUGGUCCUGUGCAUUUCUGCUUCAAAGGCAGAGGCCAGUGCCAGCUACAUCCAGGGAGCCGGAGACGACGAGGAGGCCUGGGCUCGGCCCGUGGGCUUGAGCCCGCAGCUCUUCUGGCAGCACGCGAAGGACCUGGUGUCGCUUGCGCAGGAGCGCCCAGAGCAGGUGGAUGACCAAAUUCGCUCCCUCAGCGAUUGCCAGCCAGAGGUCGAUGCGAAAGAGGUGUCCUUCAUCGGAAGCACCGGCCUGGCGGUGGGCAACUUCCCGGGCGCCAAACCACCGGAGGUUUGGGACGCUGUUGAUGCUGUCCUGAAUUGCGGAGGAGAGGAGCACGUUGCAAUGCGCGGCGACAGCCGCUACUUGCAGCUGGCGGCCGCGGAUGAGAAGAAGCAGGACCCCAGCAAGAGCUGGUGGCAGGAGGUGCUCCUGCCACGCGCCUUGCGCUUCCUUUGGAGGCAUCUGCGGCAAGGCCAGCGAGUACUCAUCCACUGCACCCGCGGGGACAACCGCGCGCCGGCAGUGGCGGCCGAUCUUCGUGUAGAGAGCUGGAGACCAGGAGGCUGGAGAAAGCAGAUUUGCGGAGGUGCUUGGUGA